GACGAAAGUGAAAACUAACCUGCGUGUAGCUUUAGGCUUGAUGAGCAAAAUCUGCACAGAACCGAUCACCGAUGAUCACCGCGAGAUGCAUGCUGAGCGCGAAUAAAAAAACCGAAAGUGUUCAAAGACACCUCGAUUCUGUUCCUUGUCCACAAGACCGUCUGUACUACUGUCAUGCUGAACAGCUGACACUUUUCAUAAAGCAGUGCUGAUGUUUGCACUGGCUGUGUAGCUGCAGUAUGUCAGGGGACCAAGGAAAGGACUCUCCGUCUGAGAUGAGUCUAACCGAGGAACAUGGUGACAUUUUAGAGUCAGAGUCUGUGAAGAGUGACCAGUCGAAAGGUGAUGUACCAGGCUUCAGUGUGGAAACACCAUCAUCACCUGCCAAAAGUGAAAUAUCAGGCUCAGAUGUUUUCAGCUCUGUGUCUAUAAAAAGUGACCAAUCAAAAGGUGAUGGACCAGACUUAACUGAGAAAAAACCAUCAUCUGCCAAAAGUGAAAGAUCAGACUUAGAUGUAUUCAGCUCUGUGUCUCUGAAGAGUGACCAGUCAAAAGGUGGUGUACCAAACUUAAGUGAGAAAGAAACAUCAACUACCAAAAGUGUAAGAUCAGGCUCAGAUGUGUUCAGCUCUGUGUCUGUGAAGAGUGACCAGUCAAACGGUGACCGACCGAACUUAAGUGAGAAAAAAACAUCAACUACAAAAAGCAACAAAGGACAGAAGACCACAGUAGAUAUUGGAGCAGAAUUUAGACGGUGGGAAACUCUAAAGGCCCAGAUGAAAAUGAAGAGUGAUGUGGAACUAGCAACUUUUCUUCUCAACCGGAUUCAGUAUGAGAAAUCAGGCUUCCAGAAUAACCGCUUCAAAAAGAAUUUCAGAGAAAAUCUUGUCUGGAUCUUCCAGGACCUUGAGUACAAAAUAAUUGCAUUUCUGAGGACUGAGCUGAAAAAGUUUAAGAAAAUGUUAAAAAAAGAGAACACGCAAUACUUUGUUCAGGACUUUACAGAGGACACGUGCAGUGUCAAAGAAGCAGCUCUUGAUAUCACACUUUACUUCCUAAAAAAUAUGAAGCAAGAUGAACUUGCAGACACUCUAAAAGAUGAGCUGGUCUUCAUUCAUCAACGACAGCUUAAAUCAAACCUGAAGAAAAAGUAUCAAUGUGUGUUUGAAGGAAUUGCAAAGCAUGGUGACUCUACACUUCUAAAUAACAUCUACACAGAUCUCUAUAUCACUCAGGGUUGUAGUGAACAGGUCAAUACUGAACAUGAGGUAAGACAGAUUGAAAAUGUUCGCAGGCGUGCUGAGUCACAAGAGAUACAGGUUGAAUGCACAAAUUUGUUCAAAUCACCUGAACAAGACAAGCAGAUCAGAACUGUACUGACAAAAGGAGUUGCUGGCAUCGGAAAAUCAGUCUCUGUGCAAAAGUUUAUUCUGGAUUGGGCUGAAGGAAAAGAAAAUGAGGAUAUUACUUUCAUAUUUCCUCUUCCAUUCAGAGAGAUGAACUUAAAGGAGGAAAAAAAACUAAGUUUGACGAGCCUUGUAAGUCAGUUUUUCCCAGAGACAAAAGGACUGAACCUUGCAAGAAAAGAUAAAUUCAAAGUCCUGUUCAUCCUUGAUGGUUUGGACGAAUGUCGUCUUCCUCUAAACUUUAAGGGUAAUGAGAUGUGGUCUGAUGUAUCUUCACCAGCGUCUCUGGAUGUUCUCCUAACGAACCUCAUCAAGGGAAAUCUGCUUCUUUCUGCGCAGAUCUGGAUCACCACCAGACCAGCAGCUGCCAGUAAGAUUCCUCUUGACUGUAUCGACCGGCUGACAGAGAUACGAGGAUUCAAUGAUGCACAAAAGGAGAAGUACUUCAGAAAAAGAUUCAAAGAUGAGAAUCAGGCCAAAGAAAUCAUUGAUCAUGUUAAAAAAUCAAAGAGUCUCUUUAUCAUGUGCCACAUCCCAGUCUUCUGCUGGAUUUCAGCCACUGUUCUCCAGAACAUUUUAGAGGAGAAAAGAAAUAAUGAUCUGAAAAACAAUCAGGCUGAUGAUGCCUCCAAAACACUUCAGGAAUCAAAUACUGAAGACACUCCCAAGACUCUGACACAAAUGUACACACACUUUCUCCGCUUUCAGAUCCUGCAGAGCCGUCAAAAGUAUGAUGGAGAAUACAGACCAGAUGUUUCCUGGGAUAAAGAUGCCAUUCUGUCACUGGGGAAACUGGCAUUUCAUCAGCUGGAAAGAAAUAACCUGAUCUUCUAUGAAUCAGACUUGGAAGCUUGUGGUAUUAGCGUCUAUAAGGCAUCAGUGUAUUCAGGCAUGUGUACCCAGAUCUUUAAGGAGGAAACAGGGAUCAUUCUUGGUACCAUGUACUGCUUUGUUCACAUGAGCAUUCAAGAGUUUAUUGCAGCCCUUUAUGCACAUCUUUUUCUAGACAUCAACAAAAAAAACGCAUUUGUUCAAGAGUCUACAGAACAGGAAAACCAAAAUGACACCAUGAUUGAUUUGCUCAAGACUGCAGUGGACAAGGCGCUUGAGAGUGACAAUGGACACCUUGACCUUUUCCUUCGCUUCCUUCUCGGUUUGUCACUUGAGUCUAAAAAAACACUCUUACGAGGUCUGUUGACACAGCAAGACGACAAUGACCAGAGCAAAAAGGAAGUAGUUCAGUACAUCAAGCAGAAAUUUGAAGAUAAUCUUUCUCCGGAUAGAUCCAUCAAUCUGUUCUACUGUCUGAAUGAACUGAACGACCAAACUUUGGUGAAAGAGAUUCAAACCCACCUUAGAGAAGGAAGUCUGUCAUCUUCUGAUCUUUCUCCUGCCCAGUGGUCUGCUUUGGCUUUUGUGUUGUUGACAUCAGAGGAGGAGAUGAAGAAGUUUGAGCUUCAGAAAUUCAAGAAAUCAGACGAGUGUCUCAUUCGACUAUCAUCAGUCAUAAAAACUUGCACAGAAGCUUUACUGAAUGAUUGUAACUUAACAGACAGAAGCUGUUCAGCUCUGGCUACGGUUCUUGGAUCAGAUUCCAAUCUGAAAAAGCUGAACAUGAACAAUAAUAAUCUGAAGGAUUCAGGAUUGAUUUAUCUCUGCACUGGACUGAAGAGUGUAAAGUGUGAAUUAGAGAAACUAGAGCUCAAUAAGUGUGAUCUAACAGAGGAAAGCUGUUCAGCUCUCACUUCAGUUCUCAGUUCAGACUCCAGCAGUCUGAAGGAUCUUGACUUAAGCAAUAAUAAUCUACAGGAUUCAGGAGUGAAGCUGAUCUCUGAUGGACUGAAAGAGAAAUGUAAACUAGAGAAACUCAGACUAUCAAACUGCAGUAUCACUGAAGAAGGUUAUACAUCUCUGGCUUCAGCUCUGAGAUCAAACCCUUCACACCUGAUAGAGCUGGAUCUCACAGGAAAUGAUCCUGGACAAUCAGGAGUGAAGCAGCUCAAUGAUUUACUACAGGAUCCAAACUGUCAGCUGAAGACAGUGAGAUUUUUGGGUGCUGCUGCAGUUGAAGCCUGUCAGUAUGUGACUAGAAUUGUGGGUAAAAAUCCGUUACUCCUGAGAGAGCUGAAUCUGAGUGAACAUGAACUAGGAGACACACGAGAGAUCACUGCUCUGCUGCAGGAUAAACACUGUAAACUCAACACACUGAUAUUGAAUAAUAUCAGUAUUACAGAAGAAGGUUGUGCUGCUCUGACUUCAGCAUUUAAUUCAAAUCCUUCAAACCUGAUAGAGCUGGAUCUGAGUGGAAAUGAAAUAGGAAACUCUGGAGUUAAGAAGAUCUGUCCUCUGUUGGAAAAUACACUAUGCAGAUUGGAGAAACUGAAACUUUCAGACUGCAGUAUCACUGAAGAAGGAUAUAAAACUCUGACUUCAUCUCUGAAGUCAAACUCACACCUGACAGAGCUGGAUCUCAAAGGAAAUGAUCCUGGACAAUCAGGAGUGGAGGGGCUCAUUGAUUUACUACAGGAUAACUCCUGUAAAUUAAAGACCAUCAGGUUCUUGAAAUGUCCUGCUGCACAAGAAGCGUGUGAGUAUCUCACUGAAGCACUGGGUGCAAGUCCAUUAUUACUGACAGAACUGGAUCUGAGUGAAGAUAAAUUAGGAGAUCUGGAUGGGGAGAAACUCUCUGCUCUUUUGAUGGACUCUCAUAGCAAACUGGAGAAAAUGAAGCUGAAUAAUUGUGAGCUGACAGAGAAAAACUGUUCAGUUCUAGCUACUGUUCUCUCCUCCAAAACCAUCCUGAAAGAGAUGAACCUGAACAAAAGCCGUCUGCUGGACUCAGGAAUAAAAAAGAUCUGUGAGGGACUGAAGAAUCCUGUGUGUGAGCUGAAGAUACUCAAUCUUUCAGACUGCAGUAUCACUGAAGAAGGUUAUAAAGCUCUGGCUUCAGCUCUGAGAUCAAACCCUUCACACCUGAUAGAGCUGAAUCUCACAGGAAAUGAUCCUGGACAAUCAGGAGUGAAGCAGCUCAGUGAUUUACUUCAGGAUCCAAACUGUCAACUGAAGACACUGAGGUUGUUACAGAGUCCUGAUGCAGAAGAAGCCUGUAAAUAUCUGACUGAAAUUCUUCCAAUUAAAAAUCUGUUACUCCUGAGAGAGCUGAAUCUGAGUGAACGUGAACUAGGAGACAAAGGAGUGAAUCAGAUCGCUGCUCUACUGCAGGAUAAACACUGUAAACUAAACACACUGAUUCUGCGUAAGUGUGGUCUAAAAGAGGAAAGCUGUUCAGCUCUCGCUACAGUCCUGAGAUCAAACUCCAGUCUGAAAGAACUUGACAUGAGCAACAAUAAUCUGCAGGAUUCAGGAGUGAAGAAACUCCAGAACGGAUUAGAAAAUACAAACUGCACACUGCAGAAACUCAGUCUUUCAGAUUGCAGUGUCACUGAAGAAGGUUAUAAAGCUCUGGCUUCAGCUCUGAGAUCAAACCCUUCACACCUGAUAGAGCUGGAUCUCACAGGAAAUGAUCCUGGACAAUCAGGAGUGAAGCAGCUCGAUGAUUUACUACAGGAUCCAAACUGUCAGCUGAAGUCACUGAGGUUUUUGAAUCCAGCUGCAGAUGAAGCCUGUCAGCAUGUAAAUAGAGUUCUGGGUGAAAACCUGUUACUGCUGAGAGAGCUGAAUCUGAGUGAAUGUAAACUAGGAGAUUCUGGAUUUAAGAAACUUUCUAUGGUACUGCAGGAUAAACACUGUAAACUCAACACACUCAUUUUGAAUAACAGCGAUAUUACAGAAGAAGAUUGUCAUGUUCUGGCUGCAGCUUUAAAUUUAAACCCUUCAAAUCUGACAGAACUGAAUCUGAGUGGGACUAAACUCAGAAACUCAGGAAUAAAGAUCUUCUUGACUCUGUUUAAGAAUGAACAAUGCAGUCUGAGAAAACUAAUAUUUAAUUGCAUCUAUAUUACAGCAGAGGGUUGUGCGGCUCUGACUUCAGAGUUUAAUUCAAAUCCUUCAAACCUGACAGAGCUGGAUCUGAGUGGAAAUAAACUCGGAAACUCUGGAGUGACUGAAAUCUCCACUCUACUGGGAAACUCUCAGUGUACACUGCAGAUACUCAGACUUUCAGACUGCAGUAUCACUGAAGAAGGUUAUAAAGCUCUGGCUUCAGCUCUGAGAUCAAACCCUUCACACCUGAUAGAGCUGGAUCUCACAGGAAAUGAUCCUGGACAAUCAGGAGUGAAGCAGCUCAGUGAUUUACUACAGGAUCCAAACUGUCAACUGAAGACACUGAGGUUUUUGGGUCCUGCUGCAGAUGAAGCCUGUCAGUAUGUGUCUGGAAUUGUGGGUAAAAACCUGUUACUCCUGAGAGAGCUGAAUCUGAGUGGACGUAAACUAGGAGACACACGAGUGAAUCAGAUCACUGCUCUACUGCAGGAUAAACACUGUAAACUCAACACACUGAUGCUGAGUAAUAACAGUAUUACAGCAGAAGGUUGUGCUGCUCUGACUUCAGCAUUUAAUUCAAACCCUUCAAACCUGAUAGAGCUGGAUCUGAGUGGAAAUAAACUACAGAACUCAGGAAUAGAGAAGAUUUUUCCUCUGUUAAAAAACACAAAAUGCAAAUUGGAAAAACUGAAACUUUCAGACUGCAAUAUCACUGAAGAAGGUUAUAAAGCUCUGGCUUCAGCUCUGAGAUCAAACCCUUCACACCUGAUAGAGCUGGAUCUCACAGGAAAUGAUCCUGGACCAUCAGGAGUGAAGAAGCUCAGUGAUUUACUACAGGAUAGAUGCUGUAAAUUAAAGACCAUCAGGUUUUUGAAAAGUCCUGCUGCAGAGGAAGCGUGUGAGUAUCUCACUGAAGUUCUGGGUAAAAGUCCAUUAUUACUGAAAGAACUGGAUCUAAGUGAAGAUAAAUUAGGAGACCUGGAUUGGGAGAAACUCUCUGCUCUUUUGAUGGACUCUCAUAGCAAACUGGAGAAAAUUAAGCUGAAUAAUUGUAAGCUGACAGAGAAAAGCUGUUCAGUUCUAGCUACUGUUCUCUCCUCCAAAACCAUCCUGAAAGAGAUGAACCUGAACAACAGCCGUCUGCUGGACUCAGGAGUCAAAGAGAUCUGUGUGGGACUGAAGAAUCCUGUGUGUGAGCUGAAGAUACUCAAGCUCAGUAAAUGUGAUCUAAAUGAGGAAAGCUGUUCAGCUCUCGCUUCAGUUCUCAGUUCAGACUCCAGCAGUCUGAAGGAUAUUGACUUAACCAAUAAUAAUCUACAGGAUUCAGGAGUGAAGCUGCUCUCUGAUGGACUGAAAGAGAACCGUAAACUAGAGAAACUCAGUCUUUCAGACUGCAGUAUCACUGAAGAAGGUUAUAAAGCUCUGGCUUCAGCUCUUAGAUCAAACCCUUCACACCUGAUAGAGCUGGAUCUAACAGGAAAUGAUCCUGGACAAUCAGGAGUGAAGGAGCUCAAUGAUUUACUACAGGAUCCAAACUGUCAACUGAAGACACUGAGGUUUUUGGGUCCUGCUGCAGAUGAAGCCUGUCAGUAUGUGACUGGAAUUGUGGGGGAAAACCCAUUACUUCUGAGAGAGCUGAAUCUGAAUGGACGAGAACUAGGAGACACACGAGUGAAUCAGAUCGCUGCUCUACUGCAGGAUAAACAUUGUAAACUAAACAAUUUGACGCUGAGUAAUAACAGUAUUACAGCAGAAGGUUGUGCUGCUCUGACUUCAGCAUUCAAUUCAAAUCCUUCAAACCUGACAGAGCUGGAUCUGAGUGGAAAUAAACUACAAAAAACAGGAAUUGAGAAAAUCUGUCCUUUGUUGGAAAAUGCACAAUGCAGAUUAGAGAAACUGAAACUUUCAGAUUGUAGUAUUACUGAAGAAGGAUAUACAACUUUGACUUCAUCUCUGAAGUCAAACUCACACCUGACAGAGCUGGAUCUUAGAGGAAAUUAUCCUGGACAAUCAGGAGUGGAGGGGCUCAUUGAUUUACAGCGGGCUGGAUGCUGUAAAUUAAAGACCUUCAGGUUUUUGAAAAGUCCUGCUGCACAGGAAGCGUGUGAGUGUCUUACUGAAGUACUCGGUGUAAAUCCAUUAGUACUGAAAGAACUGGAUCUAAGUGAAGAUAAAUUAGGAGAUCUGGAUGGGGAGAAACUCUCUGCUCUUUUGAUGGACUCUCAUAGCAAACUGGAGAAAAUGACGCUGAAUAAUUGUGAGCUGACAGAGAAAAGUUCAAUUCUAGCUACUGUUCUCUCCUCCAAAACCAUCCUGAAAGAGAUGAACCUGAACAACAGCCGUCUGCUGGACUCAGGAGUCAAAGAGAUCUGUGAGGGACUGAAGAAUCCUGUGUGUGAACUGAAGAUACUGAAACUUUCAGACUGCAGUAUCACUGAAGAAGGUUAUAAAGCUCUGGCUUCAGCUCUGAGAUCGAACCCUUCACACCUGAUAGAGCUGGAUCUCACAGGAAAUGAUCCUGGACAAUCAGGAGUGAAGCAGCUCAUUGAUGUCCAAAAGGAUCCGAACUGUCAGCUGAAGACACUGAGGUUUUUGAGUCCUGCUGCAGAUGAAACCUGUCAGUAUGUGACUGGAAUUGUGGGUAAAAACCUGUUACUCCUGAGAGAACUGAAUCUGAGUGAACGUGAACUAGGAGACACAAACAUGAAGCGGCUUGCAGUUCUACUGCAGGAUAAACACUGUCAACUCAGCACACUGAUUCUGCGUAAGUGUGGUCUAACAGGGGAAAGCUGUUCAGCUCUCGCUACAGUCCUGAGAUCAAACUCCAGUCUCAAAGAACUUGACACGAGCAACAAUAAUCUGCAGGAUUCAGGAGUGAAGAAACUCCAGAACGGAUUAGAAAAUACAAACUGCACACUGAAGAAACUCAGACUUUCAGACUGCAGUAUCACUGAAGAAGGUUAUAACGCUCUGGCUUCAGCUCUGAGAUCAAACCCUUCACACCUGAUAGAGCUGGAUCUCACAGGAAAUGAUCCUGGACAAUCAGGAGUGAAGCAGCUCGAUGAUUUACUACAGGAUCCAAACUGUCAACUGAAGACACUGAGGCUUUUGGGUCCUGCUGCAGAUGAAGCCUGUCAGUAUGUGAAUAGAGUUCUGGGUGAAAACCUGUUACUGCUGAGAGAGCUGAAUCUGAGUGAACGUGAACUAGGACUCUUAGGACUGAAGAGAGUUACUAUGGUACUGCAGGAUAAACACUGUAAACUAAACACACUGAUUCUGAAUAACAGCGAUAUCACAGAAGAAGAUUGUCGUUUAUUGGCCGCAGCUUUAAAUUCAAACCCUUCAAAUCUGAUAGAACUGAAUUUGAGCGGGACUAAACUCAAAAAUUCAGGAAUGAAGAUCUUCUCAACUCUGUUUAAGAAUGAACAGUGUAGACUGAAAAAGCUGAAGUUUAAUUCCAUCUUUAUUACAGCAGAAGAUUGUGCUGCUCUGACUUCAGCAUUUAAUUCAAAUCCUUCAAACCUGAUAGAGCUGGAUCUGAGUGGAAAUAAACUAGGUAAUUCUGGAGUGACUGAAAUCUCCACUCUACUGGGAAACUCUCAGUGCACACUGCAGAUACUCAGACUUUCAAACUGCAGUAUCACUGAAGAAGGUUAUAAAGCUCUGGCUUCAGCUCUGAGAUCAAACCCUUCACACCUGAUAGAGCUGGAUCUCACAGGAAAUGAUCCUGGACAAUCAGGAGUGAAGCAGCUCAGUGAUUUACUACAGGAUCAAAACUAUAAUCUAAAACUGAGGUUUUUGGGUCCUGCUGCAGAUGAAGCCUGUCAGUAUGUGGCUGGAAUUGUGGGUAAAAACCCGUUACUCCUGAGAGAGCUGAAUCUGAGUGAACAUGAACUAGGAGACACACGAGUGAAUCAGAUCGCUGCUCUACUGCAGGAUAAACACUGUAAACUCAACACACUGAAGCUGAGUAAUAACAGUAUUACAGCAGAAGGUUGUGCUGCUCUGACUUCAGCAUUUAAUUCAAACCCUUCAAACCUGAUAGAGCUGGAUCUGAGUGGAAAUAAACUAGAAAAUUCAGGAAUUAAAAAGAUCUGUCUUCUGGUAGAAAACAAGGAAUGCAGAUUACAAAAACUGGAACUUUCAGACUGCAGUAUAACAGAAGAAGGUUAUAAAGCUCUGGCUUCAGCUCUGAGAUCAAACCCUUCACACCUGAUAGAGCUGGAUCUCACAGGAAAUGAUCCUGGACAAUCAGGAGUGAAGCAGCUCAGUGAUUUACUACAGGAUGGGCAAUAUAAAUUGAACACCAUCAGGUUUUUGAAAAGUCCUGCUGCAGAGGAAGCAUGCAAGUAUCUCACUAAAGUUCUGCAAAUAAGUCCAUUACUUCUGACAGAACUGGAUCUGAGUGAAGAUAAAUUAGGAGAUCUGGAUGGAGAGAAACUAUCUGCUCUUUUGAUGGACUCUCAUAGCAAACUGGAGACAAUGAAGCUGAAUAAUUGUGAGCUGACAAAGAAAAGCUGUUCAGUUCUAGCUACUGUUCUCUCCUCCAAAACCACCCUGAAAGAGCUGAACCUGAACAACAGCCGUCUGCUGGACUCAGGAGUCAAAGAGAUCUGUGAGGGACUGAAGAAUCCUGUGUGUGAGCUGAAGAUACUCAAGCUCAGUCAGUGUGAUCUAACAGAUGAAAGCUGUUCAGCUCUUGCUUCGGUUCUCAGUUCAGACUCCAGCAGUCUAAGGGAUCUUGAUCUGAGCAAUAAUAACCUACAGGAUUCAGGAGUGAAGCUGCUCUCAGAUGGACUGAAAGAGAACUGUAAACUGGAGAAACUCAGUCUUUCAAACUGCAGUAUCACUGAAGAAGGUUAUAAAGCUCUGGCUUCAGCUCUGAGAUCAAACCCUUCACACCUGAUAGAGCUGGAUCUCACAGGAAAUGAUCCUGGACAAUCAGGAGUGAAGCAGCUCAAUGAUUUACUACAGGAUCCAAACUGUCAACUGAAGACACUGAGGUUUUUGGGUCCUGCUGCAGAUGAAGCCUGUCGGUUUGUGACUGGAAUUGUGGGUAAAAACCCGUUACUCCUGAGAGAACUGAAUCUGAGUGGACGUGAACUAGGAGACACACGAGUGAAUCAGAUAGCUAUUCUACUGCAGGAUAAACACUGUAAACUCAACACACUGAUGCUAAAUAACAACAGUAUUACAGAAAAAGGUUUUGCUGCUCUGACUUCAGUGUUUAUGUCAAAUCUUGCAAACCUGAUAGAGCUGGAUCUGAGUGGGAAUAAACUAGGAAAGACUGGAAUCGAGAAAAUCUGUUCUUUGUUGAGAAAUCCACAAUGUAUAUUGAAGAAACUGAAACUUUCAGACUGCAGUAUCACUGAAGAAGGUUAUACAACUUUGACUUCAUCUCUGAAAUCAAACUCACACCUGAUUGAGCUGGAUCUCACAGGAAAUUAUCCUGGAAGAUCAGGAGUGCAGGAUCUCAUUGAUUUACUGCGGGGUGGAUGCUGUAAAUUAAAGACUGUCAGGUUUUUGAAGAGUUCAGCUGCACAGGAAGCGUGUGACUAUCUGAGUCAAGUUCUUGGUACAAAUCCAUUAGUACUAACAGAACUGGAUCUGAGUGAAGAUAAAUUAGGAGAUCUGGAUGGGGAGAAACUCUCUGCUCUUUUGAUGGACUCUCAUAGCAAACUGGAGAAAUUGAAGCUGAAUAAUUGUGAGCUGACAGAGAAAAGCUGUUCAGUUCUAGCUACUGUUCUCUCCUCCAAAACCAUCCUGAAAGAGAUGAACCUGAAUAACAGCUGUCUGCUGGACUCAGGAGUCAGAGAGAUCUGUGAGGGACUGAAAAAAUCUAAGCUAAAGAUAUUGAAACUUUCAAACUGCUGUAUCACAGAAGAAGGUUAUAAAGCUUUGGCUUUAGCUCUAAAAUCGAACUCAAACCUGAUAGAGCUGGAUCUCACAGGAAAUGAUCCAGGUGAAUCAGGAGUGGAGCAGCUCAGUGAUUCACAAAAGGGACGGUGGUUUUCAUCAAAAACAUUGAAAACACUGAGGUUUUUGGGUCCUGUUGCAGAUGAAGCCUGUCAGUAUGUGACUGGAAUUGUGGGUAAAAAUCCGUUACUCCUGAGAGAACUGAAUCUGAGUAAACAUGAACUAGGAGACACAGGAGUGAAUCAGAUCGCUGCUCUACUGCAGGAUAAACACUGUAAACUCAAAGCUCUUCAGCUGCGUGAUUGUGGUCUAACAGAGGAAAGCUGUUCAGCUCUCGCUACUGUCCUGAGAUCAAACCCCAGUCUGAAAGAACUUGACAUGAGCAACAAUAAUCUGCAGGACGCAGGAGUGAAGAAACUCCAGAAUGGAUUAGAAAAUACAAACUGCACACUGCAGAAACUCAGACUUUCAGACUGCAGUAUCACUGAAGAAGGUUAUAAAGCUCUGGCUUCAGCUCUGAGAUCAAACCCUUCACACCUGAUAGAGCUGGAUCUCACAGGAAAUGAUCCUGGACAAUCAGGAGUGAAGCAGCUCAAUGAUUUACUACAGGAUCCAAACUAUCAACUGAAGACACUGAGGUUUUUGGGUCCUGCUGCAGAUGAAGCCUGUCAGUAUGUGACUGGAAUUGUGGGUAAAAACCCGUUACUCCUGAGAGAGCUGAAUCUGAGUUUACAUGAACUAGGAGACACACGAGUGAAUCAGAUCGCUGCUCUACUGCAGGAUAAACACUGUAAACUCAACACACUGACGCUGAAUAAUAACAGUAUUACAGCAGAAGGUUGUGCUGCUCUGACUUCAGCAAUUAAUUCAAAUCCUUCAAACCUGAUAGAGCUGGAUCUGAGUGGAAAUAAACUACAGAACUCAGAAAUGAAGAAGUUCUGUUCUCUGUUGGAAAAUACACAAUUCAGAUUAGAGAAACUAAAGCUGUGUGAUUGUGGUCUAACAGAGGAAAGCUGUUCAGCUCUCGCUACAGUCCUGAGAUCAAACCCCUGUCUAAAAGAGCUUGACAUGAGCAACAAUAAUCUGCAGAAUUCAGGAGUGAAGAAACUCCAGAACGGAUUAGAAAAUACAAACUGCACACUGAAGAAACUCAGACUUUCAGACUGCAGUAUCACUGAAGAAGGUUAUAAAGCUCUGGCUUCAGCUCUGAGAUCAAAUCCUUCACACCUGACAGAGCUGGAUCUCACAGGAAAUGAUCCUGGACAAUCAGGAGUGAAGGAGCUCAAUGAUUUACUACAGGAUCCAAACUGUAAACUGAAGACACUGAGGUUUUUGGGUCCUACUGCAGAUGAAGCCUGUCAGUAUGUGAAUGGAAUUGUGGGUAAAAACCCGUUACUCCUGAGAGAGCUGAAUCUGAGUGAAUGUGAACUAGGAGACACACGAGUGAAUCAGAUCGCUGCUCUACUGCAGGAUAAACACUGUCAACUCAACACACUUCAGCUGAGUAAAAACAGUAUUACAGCAGAAGGUUGUGCUGCUCUGACUUCAGCAUUUAAUUCAAAUCCUUCAAACCUAAUAGAGCUGGAUCUGAGUGGAAAUAAACUACAAAACACAGGAGUUGAGAAAAUUUGUCUUUUGUUGAAAAAUACACAAUGCAAAAUGGGAAAACUUAAACUUUCAGACUGCAGUAUCACUGAAGAAGGUUAUAAAGCUCUGGCUUCAGCUCUGAGAUCAAACCCUUCACACUUGAUAGAGCUGGAUCUCACAGGAAAUGAUCCUGGACAAUCAGGAGUGAAGCAGCUCAAUGAUCUACUGCAGGAUGAACGCUGUAAAUUAAAGACCACCAGGCUUUUGAAAAGUCCUGAUGCACAGGAAGCGUGUGACUAUCUCACUAGAGUUCUGGGUAAAAGUCCAUUAUUACUGGAAGAACUGGAUCUGAGUGAAGAUAAAUUAGGAGAUCUGGAUUGGGAGAAGCUCUCUGCUCUUUUGAUGGACUCUCAUAGCAAACUGGAGACAAUGAAGCUGAAUAAUUGUGAGCUGACAGAGAAAAGCUGUUCAGUUCUAGCUACUGUUCUCUCCUCCAAAACCAUCCUGAACGAGAUGAACCUGAACAACAGCCGUCUGCUGGACUCAGGAGUCAAAGGGAUCUGUGAGGGACUGAAGAAUCCUGUGUGUGUGCUGAAGAUACUCAAGCUGAAUAAGUGUGAUCUAACUGAGGAAAGCUGUUCAGGUCUUGCUUCAGUUCUCAGUUCAGACUCCAGCAGUCUGAAGGAUCUUGAUCUGAGCAAAAAUAAUCUACAGGAUUCAGGAGUAAAGCUGCUCUCUGAUGGACUGAAAGAGAACUGUAAACUAGAGAAACUCAGGCUUUCAGACUGCAGUAUCACUGAAGAAGGUUAUAAAGCUCUGGCUUCAGCUCUGAGAUCAAACCCUUCACACCUGAUAGAGCUGGAUCUCACAGGAAAUGAUCCUGGACAAUCAGGAGUGAAAGAGCUCAAUGAUUUAUUACAGGAUAAACGCUUUACAUUAAAGAGAAUCAGGUCAUAAUUGUCUUCAUAUAUCUAAAAAUGAGAUAUAGAUGUGAUGUCAGCUGUAUGUAAGUAGGCAGAGGGGAUAAAUUAGCUUGUGCAGCAUUAGAAAGACAGGAAGAGGAACUUACAGAAUUGCAAUUCAAAGCAGUUCACCAGUUAAACAAUUGAAUUUCAUAGGUUUUGUUAAACAAAAAUAAUGUAAAAACAAAUUAUUAUUAAACUAUUAUUGAAAUAAAUUAUUAUAAAGAAUUUUUGCAAAUUGUUGUUGUCUUAUUAUUUUCUUCCUUAUUUGUAUAAUAGAUUUUCUCAAUGAAACUGGAGCCCGUUUUCAUAAUGAUAAUUUCUCUUCUACUUCCUGUAGCUUUUUAAAAAGUCCUGCUGCAGAGGAAGCGUGCAAGUAUCUCACUGAAGUUCUGGGUAAAAGUCCAUUAUUACUGACAGAACUGGAUCUGAGUGAAGAUAAAU